UCUCUCUGGCUGUCUCCUCUCGUUCCGGCUCUUAUCCCCCGCCCUAGGGUUUGCCUCAUUGGAGCAUCCCAUCUCGGCGAAGAAGCGGAAGACGCGGAGGGCGACAAUGAGAAACGACAAUCACCAAGAUGGCUUCAAUCUCUCCGAUCUCCGUGCCGCUAUGAGCGAAGAGGAUAGAGUCGGUCUGGUCAAUGCUCUAAAGGACAAGCUCCAGAGCCUCGCAGGGAAGCAUACGGAUGUUCUGGAGACGCUUAGCGCGGCGGUCAGGAAGCGCGUCGAGGUGCUGAGGGAGAUUCAGAACCAACACGAUGAGCUUGAGGCAAAGUUUUUUGAGGAAAGGGCUGUUCUAGAAGCUAAGUACCAGAAACUUUAUGAGCCCUUGUAUACUAAGAGAUAUGAGAUUGUGAAUGGUGUUGUCGAAGUUGACGGCAUUAAAAAUGAAUCUUCGGUUGAAACCCUUGCUGAGGAUAAAGCCAGUGAAGAAAAAGGUGUGCCAGAUUUUUGGCUCACUGCUCUGAAAACAAAUGAAGUGCUAGCUGAGGAGAUUCAAGAGCGUGAUGAGGAAGCUCUCAAGUAUCUAAAGGACAUAAAAUGGUGCAGAAUUGAUAAUCCUAAGGGUUUUAAACUUGAAUUUUUUUUCAAUUCUAACCCUUAUUUCAAGAACAGUGUUCUGACAAAAACGUAUCACAUGAUCGAUGAACAUGAACCAAUCUUGGAGAAGGCAAUUGGUACGGAUAUUGAAUGGUUUCCAGGGAAGUGUGUGACUCAGAAAAUUGUUAAGAAGAAGCCAAAGAAGGGUUCAAAGAAUGCUAAACCCAUAACAAAAACUGAAGAUUGUGAGAGUUUUUUCAACUUCUUUAAUCCACCAGAAGUACCAGAUGAUGAUGCUGAUAUUGAUGAAGAGACUGCUGAGCAGUUGCAGAGUCAGAUGGAAUUAGAUUAUGAUAUUGGGUCCACAAUUAGAGACAAGAUAAUUCCCCAUGCAGUUUCAUGGUUCACGGGGGAGGCUGUUCAAGAUGAUGAUGCAGAAAUAGAGGAUGAUGAGGAUGGUGAAGAUGAAGAGGAUGAAGAUGAAGAUGAAGAUGAAGAUGAUGAGGAUGAGGAUGAUGAAGAUGAAGAUGAAGAAGAGAAUGGCAAGUCCAAAAAAAAGGUAUGUCUAAUACGUGCAAGAUCUUGUUUCCUGUUUGCAAGUUUUACACUUGGGUUAUUAGACACUGACUUGUGCUCUUAUUAUUCUCUGUAUCACCAAAAUGCAGUCGGCUACAAGGCAGAAGAAGAGUGGAGGGGAGCAAGUCGACCGGCCCGCCGAGUGCAAACAACAGUAAAAUGUUCUAUAACGUGUUUUAUAAUGGAUGAAGUGUCUUCUAGCGUGUGUAGUUGUGGAGGAUCCUUACAGAGUUUUCUGAUUUUUCAUUUAAACUCCGUAUAGAGUGUAGUCAUGGAGGAUUAUUUGCAUAGAUUUGUUGGGACGAUCCGUUCAAUGUUUUCCAACUGUAGCGUUA